AUGUCGUAUGCAAUGGAUGAUCGAACUUCACUUCGAGGGCAGGCCUACACUGAAAGCAAUACAUCACGUAGUCGAUCUUCUUUUCAUACCGAUCAUCAUCAUCAUUCAAAUCGAAGGCCAAGAUCACCUUUAGUACCCGAAAGUUUCUUACCACAAUCUUCUACUUCCCAACAAUCACACUUUCAACAACAGCAACAAUCAUUCGCUCCAAGGAUGAGAAACGGAAGCAAUCUUACACAACCUACCUCGUUUGAAUACAAUACAAGAAUACCUCGUGCAUCGCCACUUUCUGUUUCUGCUGGAAGAAGUGCAACGCCCAAUCGAUCUAUAAAUGAUCGACAGCAACUACCUGGGUUCGGAUAUAGCAGAAGUCCACAUACGCCAAUGACAAGGUUCUUUGUCACAGUCAUUCCUCCAAACGAGCUAGCAUCACAAGCAGAUGGUUCAUCAUCCUCUCGGUCAACGUCUUUUGCCAGUAGCGGUCAUGUGAAAAGAGGCACAUUGAUGCCGUUAUAUCCAACACUUGGCGGGCAACUAUAUGCAAUCUCACGGGAAUAUGGUCUGCCAUCGAUUGGAGGUCUUUCAAUCUAUUUAUGCGAUGAUGGAGAAGGUAAUCUUGGCCCUCGAGUUGGUGAAGAAACGUGGCCCUAUUUAUGGAAUCGAUACUUUGAUGACAAUUCGGAAGAUCUAUAUCGUGAUAUUACGAAUCCCUCACCCUCACCUUCCGCAAUGCAUAUCAGGGAAGCAUCACCUUUUUCAAACGGCCACGAUAGAAAGUUCAGUGCCGCUUCCGGUAUUGAUCUACGCGUUGAUUCGAAUACGGAAAGGGGUACACCCGUCAGAGAUGAAGAAGGCUUAGAUGACAGUAUGUUCCAUCCCCUUGAUCCGAACGCAAGUCAUCGAUUCCAAUAUUCACAUUUGCAAAACGGUUCUGCAUCUUACAAUGGCAUCAGUCCAAGACAAAUGAUGACCCCGUCUCCUAUGCGUAAAGGAUCCGCUCGUGGAUACCACCCAGCGCAAGAUGCAUCAUGGCGAGCAUCACCUGCUGCCAGUAAUUUGUCCUCUAUCUCGAGUAAAUUGCCAAUUGUUGGACGGAUCGAAUGGGCGGUAGAUAAAUCAAGAGCGCCUUGGUGGAACCAAUUCAUCGGAGCGACUGCUGCUGUACAAGGAAGCCGAGCAGCAUACGAAGCAGCAUCUGGGGUUCCUGUGCCUGCUGGAACUGCAAGAAAGCAUGCACAAGGCAGACGAAGUAUGCAUCUACCCAAACGAUUAAACAUUCCAACCGAAUCUCGUACAGCAAGUACAGAAGGACCAAUGACGACCGAUUCUAGGCGGUCUGAAGAUCGAAAGUCAUACGAUACGGUGGCAAGUGAUGCUCAAACUCGUUCAAAUACAAGUUUGUUUGUUCCCGAAACGUCUCAAGGAUAUGCUCCAUUGGAUGAAGGUGAUGACGAAGAAGAGCACAAUCAGUACAAUGGACCAAGAGACAUACAAAGAAGUGUACCUGGUGACGAAAGUCUGGAUGUGGAUGAAGAAUUGGGCGGUGUAAGUCAAGAUGGCCGGAGCUACGCUGGAUUCUCGGCUUUGAUGGGUUUUGUGAAUGGCUCAAGCAGUAAUUACGAAGCCCGCAGCACUAGGGAUCUGGAUACAGGCGCACUCGAAGCCGAUCACAGUGAUGAAGAAGGAAAGGAGUUCAUCAAUGAAGAUGUGGAACACUUUAACCCUCAUGCACUAGAAGAAAUGGAGGAUGACAGAGCUUGGACUGGCUUGCAAGAGCAACGAGCUAGUCGAUCGAUCAACGAUCCCAAGCAAAAGAAUGCUGCAACGUUUGAUGCACUCUCUGCUUCUACUCUCAGUACGAUGAACAAAAAUGUCUCUGUGGGUAGCAAACGCGAAAGCAGUCAAGGACGAGGCUCAGCUGUACAUGACUGGAUCGUGAAAACACACUCUCCUCCAUCCGAAAAAGUUGAAGACGAUGAUCACGAAGGGAAUGCAGAGGAAGGAUCGCAAGCAUCUCAGGAUGAUGUCGCGGACGUUGUUGGUCUAUGGGCAGCAAAAGCAUCCGAUCCUACUGGCAACAUUCCUUUACUACCUUCUAUUGAAGAGAGAUCGUUCGAGCCAGAAACUACAACAGUAACGUCAACCAGAAGAAGUUCAGCAAAUUACUCUGUCAAGUCACGCCCUGAUUCCCGCCCAGACUCGCGCUCUGCAUCCCGAACUGCAUCUCGAAAAGAUCGUGAAUCGGUCAUCUCAGCACACUCACGCCACAGUUCAAAAUCAACAUCUCGUGCGAGCCGACAUUCUAGACACUCUUCCAGACGUAACUUUGGACAUGCUUCCCGUGCAUCGCAAGAUAUGCAAUUCAUUGUUGAUCCUAGAUCGGAUGGUGAAUUGCAGGCUACCAAUCCGUUGUUGCAAGCCGGUACAGGUGUCGAUUUACAAGGUUCUGCAGCAUCCCUUUUGAGUCCGAUUGCUCUACAAGAAAAUGAUGAGGGAACCUUUGGCGGUCCAUCACCGAAUUUGAGCAGCUUGCUGCCACCUCAAACGCCUGAUGCGAUGAGGCAAGGUAGCCAGAAUGAACGUGAUAUUCAAGCGCCAACUGAAGAAUUAAAGACAAGACCUUAUAUGAUGCGACAAGAGAGUCUAUCAGCUGAAACACCCGGUGUCAGCUCUCCUACACAAUUGUCUCCAUGGCAAUUGGACGUGCCAACCCCAAUGCGUUCGCCUGGUCAAAUGAGUGGAAGUAGUUCUACAUCAGAAUUGAGUGAUACUUUGAUGGAUAUGGAAAGAGCAUUGGCACUUCUUUCACCGGCAGGCUUUGGACAACAAAGAUCUCCUAAUGUACAAAUCUUACCAACACGAGAAGCUGUUGAAGAAGAAGGAUCUGCAAAACUUUCUGCGCCAAAACGAAUGCGCUUUUCAUCUAAUGUGAGUGCAUCAGAGAGUAUGGCUCGUGCUAGAUCCUUGUCUGCAAGUGUGACUGCUUCGCCAAGAUGGUUCCGAUCACCCCAGUCGGAUCAAGUUCCCGCAAUGCCAAGGAUCAUUUCACCUUCCGAAGCUUCUGUUGCCCAUCAUGAAGACAAGCGAUCAGUAGGAACGGGUGAACAGCAUAGUGAUAAGGGAGUCAGAGAUGAUGUUUCCACAUUGAGUUCAAGACCUAAAUCACUUUCUGCUGCUACACAAAAAGCUGUUGAGAAUGUUUCGUCGGAUGAUGUGGCAGAAUUAGCUGCACUUUCUGCUAAGCGUUCGAGCUCUUCAACGAGUGAGCAAGCAAGCAAUUAUGAUGCAGAGGAACAAUCGCGGCUUCUUAAAGAUGACGAUACUGUACAUCCAAUGGAGGCAACUGUCCAUCCGUUAGCACUAUCCGAUGUUGAAGCACGGGAGGAAGGACACACAAAGGAAGUUGAUCAUAUAGAAACAACGCAGGAUGCGGUACAGCCACACUUGGUGAAAGAAAUCUCCACAGAACAUCGCUCACCGGCGCAACCAAGCCAAGAACCACUAGAAGAAUCCUACGAUUCAGAUAGCAAAGAUUAUGCAAUGCGUGACGAAUGGAUCAGCGAGCAGCGCAAGCACAUCUCUCCCACCAUUCCAGAAAAAGAAGAGGAAGAGAACGAUGAAGAGCGAAACGUUGAGCUAAUCUCGCAACAGGUUCAGCCAAGUGAUUCGAUCGAAGAGGUAGCUCCUACUAUCGUUCGACCACAGUAUACUACGAUUGGUGUUCAAGCAGAGAUGCCAGAAUCGGAUCGUAGUAGCUCACAAUUCUCUUUGGUAUCCGGAAAUGCAACUUCCGAAUCCUACGAAGCUGGCACGGAUGAAGAUGGAUUGCACGAGAGUGUCGACAGGCAGUUGAGCACUGAUGAUGCACAUGCUGAAGAGCAUUCAAGUGAAGGCUUAAACAUCACAAGUAAAGCAAGUCAAACUCGCGAACGUCAUUCAUCGGAAACACCUCGACCAUUAUCUCAAGAGAAAUUUGAGACUUCCAAGACUGAGGCGGAAACAGAGGCUGUAGGUGUAAAGCAUGAUAAAGGGGAGGAGAGUGGACAAUCGACUGAUUAUCAACAAUCAGCUUUUGCCCGCAUGAUCCGAGGAUCUGUCAUUGAAAGUGUCAGCGAUGCAUACUCUUCUAAAGCUGUCAGUCCACGUAUAGCUUCAACACAAGAAGAGGAUGAAGAUGAUGAGCAACUUGCCUGGCUAAGAUCAAGGGGCGGGGAAGGCAUAAUGGAAGAAGAUGCGAACCCAUUCUUCCACCAUCAUGUCAUACACAGAGAAGCUGGGAUGAACACUGAUUCUCCACCGCAAGAUGAUGUGACUACAACACGAGGAGGAAAUAGCACUAAUCGAAACUCGAUCCUUUCUGAUGAUCAAUGGAGUCAAGACGAUAGCGCAUCUGAAGGCGAACAAACAGACCGGAUCGAGAUCAGUCGAAGUUCGAUGCAUAUGAAUGAAGACGAAGAGAACGAAGUUGGUCAUGAUGAGGAUCAUGAAUUGAUGUUACGUUCUCGUCUAUCGGGUAUUUCUGGUAUUUCUUCCCAUCGUGAUGCACUUGAAGCAAGCGGAGGUCGUACGCCGACAUUCUUGUAUGAUCAACAUCUGUCCGAUAUUGAUCAUCCGAAUAGCGAUCGUGUAGGCUCCGGUCAUUUCGGUCCAAGUCUCAGUCCUAUGAGCGCCGAGCAUCCUCUUUCAGUCCAUCGAUCUCCUCUGCAAAGUACAGAUUCAUUGACUGCUGGCCCAACAUCCUCCAAGGAUACCAGCACUGGACAACAUCACAGCUUGAACGAUUCGAUUCAACAUGGUCCAAGUGCAGAUGCUCUGGGAAUCAAAUUUGCAAAUCCAACAGCAAGAUUACCCGCUCCAACAUUGCAAGAAUUGAUCCGUCGUCAUGAGAUCAUUUCUUUGGCAGGUGAACCAGUACAUGAUGAAAGUGAACGCAUGCCAAACGGAUUCGAAGAAGUGUACGUGCAAAGUCCAACACGAUCUUACGCUUCAGGUACAACUCGUAGCGGUACUUCAGAUAUGAUUGAGAGGCCAAGAUACAUUGAAACGCCAUUGAGCUCGAAUGAACUUUCUGGUGAUGCUUCAUCUGCUACGGACCAACAGAAGAAAGAUGAAAAGCCCAUUCGACGCUCGAUGGGAAGUAUCUCUGAUCGCCGUCAAGAUUACAGACAAAAUCGACGUGCUUCCUUAUCAGCUGCAGGUAAAGCAACCAUCAUGAAUGGAAAUGGAAUUUCGAGCGCAACGACCGCAGCGGUAAAACGCAAUUCACCUAGAUUGAUGGUACACGAUGGAAGUGCAUUGCCAAUCAGAAGAUCGAUGAGCCCAUUGAGUCCUAGAUAUCGAUUUGCAGCCUUACCUCCCAGUCCAAGCCUUCAAGCGAAUUCAAAGUUGAUGCAAUCGAUCAAUAAUGAUCAAUUAUCACAUUCGAAAUCUGUACCGGGCAAUGUUAACCACAUGUCAACCGGAAGUCCUCCUGAAUUUGAACCGCCUCAACCUGCAUUCAGUGCACGUUCAACAUCGUUUGGAAACGGUAGUGUGUCUCCCAACAUUUUGGCAGCUCGAAAUGCUUUGAGACAAUCCAGCUCGGCAGCCAAUUCACCUCGUGUUCGCGGAUCUCCUUUGAUCAUCGAUACCGUCAAAGCACAGCUAGGUCAUUGGAAGCGCAACAAGAAUUCACCCAGUACUGCUCCAGCUCCAGAGCAGAAUGGGUUGUCUCCGCACGAUGGGCCCUCUUCAGCUCCAUCGUAUGGCAUUCCAGCCAUACCUGUAUAUGAAGCGAACCAAUAUGAGAACAUGUCAGAUGGAACGAGCGCUGCCAUACCAGCAAAUGAUCUUGGACACUCCGAACAACAAUCAAAUCCUGCACCUUUUCGUGGCCCGGCUGCAGGGAUGAAGAAUAGCUCAACACCACCAAGUCCUCGCGGGCCGAGAGCUCAACCGUUUAGCAUUCCAUCACCAAUCAAUUGCACAUCUUCAGGUGUAUUCUCACCUUGAAGACAAACAACAAAUAUGCAACCUCUCAGGUGAUUGCAACCC